GGACUGCUCGCCUUCCCUUCGUUUCAUUUAUUUUCUCCGUUGCUCCGCUUCCGCUGAGGCCGGGCGUUGUCGCGUCGCCCCUCACGGAAUGUCAGGCCCGCGGGCCAGUUGCCGCUUCUGCCUUGUCUCCCCUUUCGUCGUCGUCGUCGUCCGUCGUUUCUCCCUCGUCCCCUCGUUGAUCCACGUUGUGGUUGCCAACGCGUCCCCGAACAUGUCCCGUCGAGGAGGUGCCCGAGGACAUCCGAGAGCUCCACCUGACGCCAGAGCAGCAGCGUCGUCGCGUGCUUCGGCGGGCCAUCUGGCAGAUGGGGGUGGGCACCCUGCUGGUCCUCCUGUUCAGCGACCCUAUGGUGGGCGUGUGGAAGAGCAUCUCGGUCUCCUUCUCUCAGCUCCUCGGUGCCGCCUGCAUGAACAACACCUUCUGCCUGCUCAUCUUCUACGGCCUGAUCGCGGCCAGGGGCUUCAAGUGGGUGUACCAUGCCGAAGUGAUGGGCAUCGUCCUCGUGGAGGUCAUCAUGGCUCUGGUGGCCAGCCGCAACGUGCACACGGUGCUGUCUGGGGCGCUCGUGUUGAGUUUGCUGCCUCUGUCCCUGGUGGUGGUAGUCGUGCUCAAGGCGACGGUCUUCAACGGCGUGGAAAGCUGA